CUAUUUUACUUCACCACGGCCGCGGCCAUUUGUGUGGCCUCCGUCCCCUGUUAUCCCUUCUUCUUCCCCGUCUCGCCUCCUCCCUCCUCCUCCCCAUCGGCAAACCCCCUCUCGCUCUCCACCGCUCGCCGAGUUUCGCCCAAUUCGCGCCCUGCCGGAGCCCGGGUCCACGAAGAGGGCCCCCUUUCGCCGCCCGCGGCGCCGCCGAUGAGACUGGCCGCCGCCGCGCCAUGCAACCCCCGACGGCCGCUCUGUCUGCGUCGUCGCUGGAGUUCGCGAGCUCGUGCAGGGCCUUGUGGAAGGGGGGCGGCGGAGCUGGGAGGCCCUACGAAUGCAGCGUGCUCUCCUGCGCCUGGAACGCUCCACGCGCCCUCACCGGCGCGCUUGCCAGCACCACGCAGUGCUCCUCCUGUAGCCACGCUGAAGCCGUAGGCGGCGGGAGGCGGCGAGGUCGCCCACGGCAGAGUAACAACAACACGUUACUGCACAUCACCUGGGCAGAAGACAUCAACAAAGGAAAGUUGGGCCAUAGUUCAUCAGCUAGUUUUGUUUCAUCGGGAAAAAAAAUCAGAUAUUGGUCAACUCCUGUGAAAUCAACAUGGAAGGUUUCCUGCUAUUCGUCAGGACCGUUUGACCUUGUUUCUCCAGAAACGUUGUGGGAGAGUCUCAGACCAGCUAUCUCGUACCUUCAACCUGAAGAGUUGAACUUCGUACAUGACGCUUUAAAGUUAGCAUAUGAAGCACAUAAUGGGCAGAAACGCCGGAGUGGGGAACCUUUCAUCAUUCAUCCUGUUGAAGUUGCUCGUAUUCUUGGGGAGCACGAACUUGACUGGGAAUCAAUCGCUGCUGGUUUAUUGCAUGACACUGUUGAAGAUACUGACAUGGUUACUUUCGAAACAAUCCAAAAUGAGUUUGGGGCAACAGUAAGUCGUAUUGUUGAAGGGGAAACAAAGGUGUCUAAGCUAGGGAAACUUCAAUGCAAAAAUGAGGGUAGUUCAAAACAAGAUGUCAAAGCUGAAGACUUAAGACAGAUGUUUCUUGCAAUGACAGAAGAGGUUCGUGUAAUCAUUGUGAAACUGGCAGACAGGUUGCAUAACAUGCGUACUCUUACACAUAUGCCUCAGCACAAGCAGUAUGCCAUCGCCAUGGAGACACUGCAGGUUUUUGCACCCCUAGCAAAACUUCUCGGAAUGUAUCAAAUAAAGUCUGAGUUAGAGUAUCUGUCCUUCAUGUACAUGAAUCCUGGUGAUUUCGCUGAACUAAGGAAAAGAGUUGAUGACAUCUUCAAAGCCCAUGAACAAGAAUUGGAAGAGGCAAAUAAAAUCCUAAAGCAAAAAAUUGCUGAGGAUCAAUUUCUUGAUCUUGUGAGUGUUGAAACAGAAGUGCGCUCAGUGUGUAAAGAACUUUACAGCAUUUAUAAAACCGCUAUCAAAUCCAAGAGUUCAUUAAACGAGGUAAAUCAGGUUGCUCAGCUGCGGAUCAUCAUAAAACCAAAAUCCUGCAAUGGUGUUGGGCCACUGUGCACCGCACAACAGAUCUGCUACCAUGUCCUUGGUCUUGUUCAUGGCAUAUGGACACCCAUACCUCAAGCUGUUAAAGAUUAUAUUGCAACUCCAAAGCCUAAUGGCUACCAAAGUCUACAUACUACAGUGAUACCGUUUCUUAAUGAGAGUAUGUUCCAUUUGGAAGUUCAGAUAAGAACAGAGGAUAUGGAUCUGAUAGCAGAAAGAGGCAUUGCUGCACACUACAGUGGAAGAGGGGUGGUUUCAGGACCUGUUCAUCCUGGAAUAUCUAGUGGAAGAAAUUUAGAUGGGAAAGUGAUCUGUCUUAACAAUACAGGCUUUGCUCUGAGGAUUGGUUGGCUAAAUGCAAUCCGUGAAUGGCAAGAAGAGUUUGUUGGUAACAUGAGCUCUAGGGAAUUUGUGGAUACUAUUACCAGAGAUCUUCUGGGAAGCCGUGUCUUUGUGUUUACACCUAAAGGCGAGAUUAAAAACCUGCCUAAAGGGGCCACUGUGAUUGAUUAUGCAUAUCUGAUUCAUACAGAAAUCGGCAAUAAAAUGGUAGCAGCAAAGGUGAAUGGUAAUCUAGUUUCACCAAUCCAUGCACUUGCGAACGCUGAAGUAGUGGAGAUAAUAACUUACGAUAAAUUGUCCAGUAAAUAUGCAUUCCAGCGUCAUCAGCAGUGGCUGCAACAUGCCAAAACCCGCAGUGCUAGGCACAAAAUUAUGAAAUUCUUAAGGGAGCAAGCUGCUCUUUCUGCUGCUGAAAUAACGGCGGAUGCAGUUAAUAACUUUGUCGCUGAUCUUGAAGAUGAAAGUGACAGUGAGCAGUUAAUUCCAACCACACAAAAUGAGGACUAUAAAUUCAAUUGGCAGAAGAUAUUAAGUUCCAACAAGUUAUCCUUUGUGAAUAAAAAUAGCGAUGGCUUUUUACCAGUUAACAACGUUCACAUGCCAAAGAUUAACGGGAAGCACAACAAAACUGUCAAGGAACUAGGCAUAAAAAUUAAUGGUUCAACAGUUCGAGGUGAUAGCUCCACUGAGUUCAUGCGCCCUGGCGUCCCGGCCUAUAAGGAAGUUUUUGCUAGUUUGGAUAAUUGGAAAUGCGGUAAAAUUUCCUCUUGGCACAAUACAGAAGGCAACUCUAUCCAAUGGCUUUGCAUAGUGUGUGUUGAUCGAAAAGGGAUGAUGGCUGAAGUCACUUCGGCUUUGACAGCUUGUGGAAUCACCAUAUGUUCUUGUGUGGCAGAGAGAGAUAACAGAAGAGGAAUGGGUGUGCUGCUUUUCCAUUUUGAGGGAACUGAUGAGAAUGUGGUGAGCGCAUGCUCCAGUGUUGAGAUGAUUCUUGGUGUUCUUGGUUGGUCUGCUGGGUGUAGUUAUAAUCCGCUUGGUGUUCUUGAGUGCUAGUGUAGUCGUGAUGCACAGUUGACCUUCAUCUCCACUGAAGCUGAGACAAUUUUGGAAGCACCAAUGGAUGAAAUGUUUUGGGAGCAGUCAGGUCUCAGUUCCCUUUACUUUGUCAAAGCAGGCAGAGUGAAGGCAGAUGAAACUAGAACCAGAUGUUACCACGCUUCAUUUGGAAGCGAGAGUGUACAUAGCUGAGCGAGUAGUAUACUGUUAGUGCAGGGAUUGGCUGGGUUUAUACAGAAAAAGGCCUCCGUGAAUGACCAAAUAAAGGCUGGUUUCUUCUCUCUUUUUUACCCUUCUGAGGGUUGCAUAUACUAGUUGUGUAAUUGAAUGUGCAGCUACAGUUUUUACCUGGAAUCUCAGUGUCCCAAAAUGUUGACCCUAUUUGGAUA